CCAACCCUUCCCCUCCCUUCCUGGAUAAUUUAUGUUAAUAUACCCUGCUCCCUACCUCUUGGCAGCCACUCGUCUUGACAGCCAGCGUCUUCUUCUAAGCAGGAGUCCUCGUCAGAUGGGAGAAAAUCAACAUUAAAAAAAACACCACCACCAAAAGGGAUUUUCCAUCUGAAGCUGGCAUCGGUGUGUGACACACACCCCACUCUGCCCUUGCCUGCACUGCUGUGCCCUGGCUUCCUGCCUCUCCCCCCAGCAUUCUAGAGAAGAAAGUGAGGUAUUCUAUUCAAAGGCAGAAGAACUCCAGUGAUUCACACCUUGGAGCAUUUCUUUCCGAUCCACUUUCUUUAAAUCUAGUGGCAAAGUGAAUGUUUUUACACCCAGAGCUUGGAUAAUAAGCACGUUCAGAGCUGGAGGAAUAUCCUUGGACGAUCUCUUGACUUCUGCAGAAGAGAUUCUUUCCCUUGGGAAUCUGCUGAGCUAAGCUCUUCUUAAGGAUCUGGACCAACCCACCUAAGUCUCACUGAUUUAGAAGAUCUGAGGGUGCCACCCAAAGAAUCUGUUGAUCAGUUUGAUCUCGGCUCCUUAAAGGAUUAGAGGCCCACAAACUCAUAUUGGAUACUCUUUGGGUUCUAGAUUCCAACAGUCUUUGGGUCUUGCCUGCUUCUGUUGAACCAGAUCUCAUACUCCAAAAAGUCUCUAACAAGACUUUAAUCUCCGGUGAGGGUUUCCUUCUCUACCACCACCGCUGCCACACCUCUGAUUUCUUUGAUUUAGAGCUUAUUUCACAGGAAGCGGGCUCUGUGCUACUCUCAUAGGGAAGCCAAAAUGUUCAGCUGGAUGAAGAAGAAUGAGAAGAAGACCCCUGAAGUGAUCCGCACAGUUACCGAGGGCCUGAAGGACCUCUACAAGAGGAAGCUACUGCCCGUGGAGGAGUACUACAGGUUCCACGACUUCCAUUCCCCGGCCCUGGAAGAUGCCGACUUUGACAACAAGCCGAUGGUGCUGGUGGUGGGUCAGUACUCUACAGGCAAGACCACCUUCAUCAAAUACCUGUUGGAGCAGGACAUCCCCGGGAGUCGCAUUGGGCCCGAACCCACCACUGACUCUUUCAUCGCCGUCAUGCACGGUGAAACAGAGGGGAUCAUUCCAGGCAAUGCACUCAUUGUGGACCCAAAAAAGCCUUUCCGAAAGCUCAACCCUUUUGGGAACACAUUUCUCAACCGGUUUAUGUGCGCCCACUUGCCAAACCAGGUUCUGGAGAGCAUCAGCCUUAUAGACACCCCUGGGAUCCUUUCCGGUGCUAAACAGCGAGUGAGCCGAGGUUAUGACUUCCCCGCUGUUCUGCAAUGGUUUGCUGAGCGUGUGGACCUCAUCAUCCUCCUCUUUGACGCCCACAAGCUUGAGAUCUCAGACGAGUUCUCCGAGGCCAUCCGGGCCCUCAAGGGCAACGAGGACAAGAUCCGGGUGGUCCUGAACAAGGCCGACAUGGUGGAGACGCAGCAGCUGAUGCGGGUCUACGGCGCCCUCAUGUGGUCGCUGGGCAAAGUGUUCAACACGCCCGAGGUGCUGCGUGUCUACAUCGGGUCCUUCUGGUCGGAGCCCCUGAUGAUCUCCGAUAACCGACGGCUCUUUGAGCUCGAGGAGCAGGACUUGUUCACGGACAUCCAGAACCUGCCCCGGAAUUCUGCCCUGAGGAAGCUUAACGAUUUGGUCAAGAGAGCCCGCCUGGUCAGGGUGCACGCCCACAUCAUCAGCCACCUGAAGAAGGAGAUGCCCUCAGUCUUUGGCAAGGACAACAAGAAGAAGCAGCUCAUCACCAAGCUGCCUGUCAUCUUCGCCACGAUCCAACUUGAGCAUCACAUCUCGCCGGGCGAUUUCCCCGACUGCAACAAGAUGCAGGAGAUACUGAUGGUGCAUGACUUCACCAAAUUCCACGGGCUGAAGCCCCGCAUAGUGGAUGCUUUGGAUGAGCUCCUGACUCUAGACAUUGCCAAGCUGAUGCCCCUUUUGCGCCAGGAAGAAGUGGAGGUCCCUGAGCAGAUCGUGCAAGGGGGUGCCUUCGACGGCACCCGCAACGGUCCCUUCAUCGAAGGAGCGACAGAGGGGGCGUACGAGGGGAUGGAUGACGACGAGUGGGUUGUGACCAAGGAUAAGCCCAAAUACGACGAGAUCUUCUACAACCUGUCCCCGAUGGACGGCAAGCUGAGUGGCACCAAGGCCAAGAGCUGGAUGGUCACGACCAAGCUGCCCAACUCCGUCCUCGGCAAGAUCUGGAAGCUUAGCGAUGUUGACCGUGAUGGCAUGCUGGACGAUGAGGAGUUUGCUCUUGCUAGCCACCUCAUUGAGGUCAAGUUGGAGGGCCAUAGCCUGCCCUCUGACCUGCCCCGCCACCUGGUGCCACCCUCCAAGCGUCGGCAGAAGGGGUCAGCAGAUUAAGAAAGCUUCCCAGGCUUUCCCCCAUCCCUACACCAGGCUUGAACUGCUCCAAGUAGGCCCUGGUUCUGCUCCAGCUUUCAUUUUCCGCCCAUAUCAGGCUUAAGAAGGUAUCAUUCAGGCUCGAAUCCCUCACGAAGGCCUCAUUCCCACCUCGCAGUCAAACGCUGCGUUGCUUCAGGAAAUCCUGCUUUCUACUCCCUCCUCCAAACUAGUCUUCUACCUUCCAUUUUGUCCUCUGUCCCAGGCUUCAGUUCCUCUUGCACGCCUCAGGCCACCAAGCUGGCUUUCAUCUACUUCGGUUUGUCUCACCGUUCAGGUUUCUACUUCCUUCUUCCAGGCCUACUUCACUCACACUGGAUGUUUCCACAAGAGGCCUUCCUUUCUCAGAAACCAGGCCGAAAGGGCUCCGUUUGGCCAUGCUGCACUCGUUAUAUCACGCUUGAGCUAUCUGCAUCAGGGCACUGAUUCCUGUGCACCAGCCUCGGACUGUUCCAUCAAGCCAUGGUCUGGCCUCCCUUGGACUGAGAAUAUUAGUCAUGGACUUGACCCAAGAAUCUUGACCUUCUUUGGUAGGCCUUGGCCCUGAGCCACUGUGCAAUUGUUAUCCCCCUGGCUCCAUUAGAAAUCUUGGGUUGAUAACCUACUAAGUCCUUCUCAGAGUAGACCUGCUGAAAUCAAUGGAUCUAAGUUAGCCAUGUCCCUUCAUUUCAACUGUCUGCUGUUAGUAGGGCUAAGACUGGCUACAACCCCUCGUCUACACUGAACCUCCCCUGCUGGACCUCAAAACUGCUUGGGACAUUAUGGAGGACAGCAUCUGUUGGCUAUUUCUGUGGUGGUGGAGAUGCUGCCGUUACUCCUUGCCAGACUCCUUCGGCCAAGCUGAGGGCGGGACAAGGUGAGGCAGGAAUGAAGAAAGGCAAGGAGGCAAAGACCAGAAAUAGCAACCCCCGAGUUACUCAUGAGGUCCAUGAGCAAACCUGACCUGGAAAUGUCAGGGAGAGAGCAUCCCUUCACCCACUCUAACCUAUUGCAGUUAAUAGGCUUGUUAUGACUACAGCACCCUCCAUUUGGCCAGACCUGAGGGUGGCAGGGAGGUUCACAGAAUGAAUAACAAACCUUACACCCCAGGUUCUGGACCCUCUGGGAAAGGGCGAAAGCUCAGUGGUACAGCAAGUGCGUUGCAAGCAAAAGCUCCAGUUCCCGGCCUCUCCAAGUAUAGCUGGGAAUGUCCCUGUCUGAAACCUUGGAGAGCUGCUGCCAGUCAGUGUGCACAUCACUGAGCUAGUUGGCCCAACGGUCUGACUCAGUAUAAGGCAGCGCCCUGGGCUCAUUUUCCCGUGAUGUGUGUGGCCUCAUGAUACAGGCAUACUGGAUUCAGGCCUUGCUGGUGACCAAACUGAAGAAACCAGUGGAGGUUAUCAUUUCGUGGGUGGUGUUAGUGGAGAUGGCGGAGGAGGAGGAGGGCUUGACUUUUUUCUCCAUUCUGGCAAGUAAAUGUUCUGCCUUGGGCACUCCUUAGCUUGGAAAGACGGAAUAAUGAAAUAGAUUAACAAAGUUGUGAGCAAUCCUUUAGUCAAAUGUAAGGGAUGUUCCUUACAGCAAGAGCGGAGCCAGGAUGUACAAAAUCCUACCUGGCUGUAGGCCAGCGAGGAGGGCAGACGAUGGAAGUGCUCCCUGGCUCCAUGCUGUCAGGUGGCAGGGAAUGCUCGGGUGAUGGCACUUCAGCUGCAGCCUUUGAGACCUUUCCCUUCACGGGCAGGGGUGGACACUUCCUCUCCUUGGAGAUGGGGUGGACAGUGUUUGCCUCAAAGCAACGGGUCUUUCCCAGCUUCCUGGGAAGAAGCUUGCAGAAGCAAGGAUUUGUAGAAGCCCCUUCCCAAGCUUACGGGAUAGGAGAAAGCUCCUGUACAGGAACGCAAGAGGUAAUGAUGGCCACCAGCUUGGCUGGCUUUUAAAAAGAGGAUUAGACAAAUCUGUGGAGAAGGCUGUCGGUGGCUACUAGCCACAGUGGCAAUACUCUACCCCCACUGUUGGAGGCAAUAUGUCUCUGAAUUCCCAUUGCUGGCAAUCGUAUGUGGGGGGAGCGCUGUUGCACUCGGGCGCUGCUUUCAGGCUUUCUGUACAGGCAUCUGGUUGGCCACUGUGAGAACAGGCUGCUGGACAAGAUGGGCCUGUAGCCUGAUCCAGCAGGGCUCUUCUUAGGUUCUCAACAAGUACUGCUUUAGCCGACAUUUGCUGGGUUCAAGCCAGAGCCAGCCCUGCCAUUAGACAAGGUGAUGAAACGCGGCCUACACAGAUCAGAGUUGGAAAGGCAUCAACUUGUCAAUUGCUUCAUUUAUUAUUACAGUUUUUAUCAUCACUGGGGGAGGCUGCCAUUUAGAUUUUCUGUCUCAGAAAAUAAAAUACUUUGAAGACUUCUCUGGCACAAGCAGCGUUGUUCCCUAUGGAGGCUUUGCUGGGCUGAUGGAGCUAUUGGCAUCCUGUCCCCUCCUCCUAGUCUCCUCUCACUUCUGAGAUGUCAACCUAAGAAAGGCCUGGAAAUCCCACUCCAAGCACUCUGGCAGCCCACUCGUGCUGACUAGCGGAAUGGCCUCCUUUCCCAGAUCUGAAUAGUGCUGGAGGCCCUUCUCCAAACACUCCUGGGAUUCGGCAGCAGGAAGCUUCCUCUGGACAUUAUGCUCUUUCUCCUAGUAAGUAGCCAGGAAGAGGCCCGCACUGGCCUUGCAGCCAAGAGGAUCCAUCCAGUCGCAAGGGUGAGACCAUCGCUGGGGUUGAGAAAGUCAGACUGGGGUCGGUGUCCAAAUGGACAAACUGUUGCUUGAGGCAAGCACAGGAGGAAGGCAGCUGAAGGCAGAGAUGAGGAAAACAUUCAGUUCAGUUAGCAUUUAAAGGUGAACCUAUCCAAUUCACACUUACCAAAACAAUAUGCCAAGGGAAACACAGCAAUCCUUCAAAAAUCUGCACUUCUCUGAAUUUUGCAGUGCAGUCCUCCAAUACAAAAAUGCUAGUUGUUGGUUUUAUACUAUCCUGACUUCCCUCAACGAAUAAUGGGAAUUUGGGUGCUGAGAAUUCUCUCCUGAGAGAUUCCCAGCUCCUGUCACAGAACUACCAUUUCCUGGGAAGAGGAAGUGACGGUUACACCAGUUGAAGCCUGUAGUGUACAUGUGUCAGUCAGCAGUAGUGGCAAGACUGGAGAGCUGACCAUAGAGAUAAUUAAGGGCGGCAAGGUUCCCAACCCCCUUUCUCAGGUGCUGCAGAGCAGCUUGGCAGCUACACCUCUAUGGUUCUCUGGAGAACUGUGAAACCCUCCUAGGCAGGGCUGUGUGUGUUCCAUGUGCAAAAUUCAGGAAACCCACAUUAUGUCACUGGAGUGUAUUGUGCAACUAAGCCAUGGAUGACCAACCUUUCAACAUUAGAGUUCCUGUAGUUGUUGUAUAGAUAAAAUAAAGGAAUGUUUGGACCUACAGUGUUGUCCAAACCUCUGGACCUUCAAGCCAGACUUUCUGAUUUUUUUUCCUCGGUGCUACAUUUAAAGGUGUUGAUGUACUGAUGUUGAAAGGCUGCCCAUCCUUGACCUAAACAUUAGCUGUCACCUGUAAUGUGAGCCUCCUCAAGUCUUUGGCUGAGCUGUGGUGAUGUCACAGAAUGUGCACAAUUAUGAGUGGUUAGAAUAGUCUAGAGGGGUGUAUUGACAAUCCACAUUGUUCCUAUGGGGAAAAAUGGGCAGGUCUAGGGACUGUGGAAAAAGAGGUGGGAACAAGGUUUAGAGGAGGUCUGUAUUGCACAUAUAGCUUCAAACUGUCAAGAUAAACCUUAGUCUGUAAGUCUCUAGUUAUGUAUAUUUGUAUAUGCUUGCUUAGUCUUGCACAUUUUUCCUACUUCCAUUAUUGAUAUUUUCCCUCCCAAAUCAUCGGAUUUUUUUUAAGUUAAAGGAAUGAUAAAGGGGAACAUUGGAAGUGGAAAAAACAUUCAGAAUUUUCCUACCGUUUAUCCAAAAUCAUGAGAUCUAGGAGCUUGCUUUAAAAUAAACAAAUGAACACUGAAUUUCUCAGAUGUGUCGCUCCUUGUCAGGCAGCAGAUCCUGUGGUGGCAUGGCAAGCUUUGGGUUGGGUGCACAACUUUCCGUCCAUUCAUUGCUUUGACAGCAUGACUUUGACAGCAAACUUCUGUCAAUCGUAGAGUUCACAUUGGCUGCCCAGCCUCUCCAGCUGUCUUCUUGCAGUCUCUCACGUACCACGAUUUCAGGUCAAGGUUGCCCUCAUGUGAGCAACACUCUGUAUGGACUACGCCAGGAAGAAUUACAAUUUUAUUCCAUCUGCAUUGCAUCAUGUAUAUCUGUUGUGCUCAAAUUUUUCCUUGUCUCUCUGUAGUCAGGUUUUACACUUGAGCUGGUUCGUUAGCUCCAUUCGGCUGAUAUUAUUACUGUUGCAAAAGCCACAUGCAUGUUAUUUCACAUCUAGCAGCAGCGAUUAUCUGCCUACUUCACUUGCAGCUUGCUUUAGGAGCGACUUCAUGCUGACUUUAGAAAUUUCUGGACUGCCUUAAACCUACAAGGAACAAAGCAUGAAACUGACAUUCACAAUGGCCUGAUGGAAGGUCUGUGUGAAAUGUAAAAGCCCGACAGGAUCCCUAGGAAAUGCUUAUUCCUACUGUGCUGUAAAAGCCCUUAGCCAGCCCAUGGUGCAGGUGAGGGUCCCAUCCUGUAGUCAGGGCUCACCCCUUUAUUCUACACCACCAGUUAAAAUGCCAACUUCUGCAACCAAAGACCCCCAAACCUGGCAGCCAGAAUACAUAAUACAAGUUAUCUAUACAAAAAUAUUCAUAUCCUUGUUUAUGUAUACUUACGUUUUGCUCAGUUCAUUCUGCUUCUAAACUGUGCCAAGCAUUCUUGAAUUUGCAAGAUAAUUCCCAGUCACUUACUGUAGAGGCAAGGGCAGGUCUGCAUUUGCAGUUCUUUGUGCCAACAGAGCUGCCCUAUCCAUUGGGGUGUUAAGGGAAGACAGUUCAUGGGGCAGACCUCAGGAUCAAGACAAUAAGUUUAAUUCCAGUUGGGGGAAUCUAAGGAACCUUGCUGACCAACUGUCUUUACUGAGAUCCAGCUGCUGGUCCCCUUGCACUUUCCUGGGAUCCUGGGGCUCAGUCUGAGCUUAGUCUGAGCUUCUGUGAUGUGCCUCUGUCACUGUUAACAGCAUUUCAUCCUAAAUAAAACAUGUUGCAUUUUC